AACUCAGGACAACCCCGAGCCGCCUGCGCCGAGCAUGGAGAGCGGCGGCCGCGGCUGGCGGGCGGCGCGGGAGGCGCUUUCGCCCGCGAGGUAGUUGGGCCGGCGUUGCGCAAGGACCAAAGUGCUGGCGGGCGGCCGCGGCGUCCCCGAGAGCCCCCCACGAGGCCGGGCGGGCUGCUGCCCGGCGGAUUCCGCCGCCAUCCCCCCGGAGGCUCUUUGCAAAGCCGCUUGAAACUUCUCCCAAACUCGCCAUGGAUGUGGCGGCGGCGGCGGCGGCGCUGCCUGCUUUUGUGGCGCUCUGGCUCCUGUCCCCGUGGCCUCUCCUGGGGUCGGUCCAAGGCCAGUUCUCAGCAGGUGGAUGCACCUUUGACGAUGGGCCGGGGGCCUGCGACUACCACCAGGAUUUAUACGAUGACUUUGAGUGGGUCCAUGUCAGUGCACAGGAACCCCAUUACCUGCCCCCCGAAAUGCCUCAAGGUUCCUAUAUGGUUGUGGACUCCUCAAAUCAUGAUCCUGGAGAAAAAGCCCGACUUCAGCUGCCUACCAUGAAGGAGAACGACACUCACUGCAUUGAUUUCAGCUACCUGUUAUACAGCCAGAAGGGGCUGAACCCUGGCACUUUGAACAUCCUAGUUAGGGUGAAUAAAGGACCACUUGCAAAUCCAAUUUGGAAUGUGACUGGACACACGGGUAGAGAUUGGCUUCGGGCUGAGUUAGCAGUGAGCACCUUUUGGCCCAAUGAAUACCAGGUAAUAUUUGAAGCUGAAGUCUCUGGAGGGAGAAGUGGUUAUAUUGCCAUCGAUGACAUCCAAGUCCUGAGUUAUCCUUGUGAUAAGUCUCCUCAUUUCCUCCGCCUGGGCGACGUGGAGGUCAAUGCGGGGCAGAAUGCUACGUUUCAGUGCAUUGCUACAGGGAGAGACGCUGUCCAUAACAAGUUAUGGCUGCAGAGACGAAACGGAGAAGACAUACCCGUAGCCCAGACUAAGAACAUCAAUCACAGAAGAUUUGCUGCCUCUUUCAGAUUGCAAGAAGUGACAAAAACUGACCAGGAUCUGUACCGCUGCGUAACUCAGUCAGAACGAGGUUCUGGGGUCUCCAAUUUUGCUCAGCUUAUUGUGAGAGAACCACCGAGACCCAUUGCUCCUCCCCAGCUUCUUGGCGUUGGGCCUACGUACUUGCUGAUCCAGCUAAAUGCCAACUCCAUUAUUGGUGAUGGCCCAAUUAUCCUGAAAGAAGUAGAGUAUCGGAUGACAUCAGGAUCUUGGACAGAAACCCAUGCAGUCAAUGCACCAACAUACAAGUUGUGGCAUUUAGAUCCGGAUACAGAAUAUGAGAUCCGUGUCCUGCUGACAAGACCUGGUGAAGGGGGAACUGGACUUCCAGGCCCACCACUGAUUACCAGAACCAAGUGUGCAGAACCUAUGCGGACCCCAAAGACGUUAAAGAUUGCUGAAAUCCAGGCAAGGCGCAUUGCUGUGGACUGGGAGUCCUUGGGUUACAACAUUACUCGCUGCCACACUUUCAAUGUCACUAUCUGCUACCAUUACUUCCGUGGCCACAAUGAGAGCAGGGCGGACUGCUUGGACAUGGACCCCAAAGCCCCUCAGCAUGUUGUCAACCAUCUGCCACCGUAUACAAAUGUCAGCCUCAAGAUGAUCCUAACCAAUCCAGAGGGAAGGAAGGAGAGCGAAGAGACGAUUAUUCAAACGGAUGAAGAUGUGCCCGGGCCUGUGCCAGUCAAAUCCCUCCAAGGGACAUCAUUUGAAAACAAGAUCUUCUUGAACUGGAAAGAGCCACUCGAACCGAACGGAAUCAUCACUCAGUAUGAGGUGAGCUAUAGCAGCAUCAGAUCCUUUGACCCUGCAGUUCCAGUGGCUGGGCCUCCGCAGACUGUGUCAAAUUUAUGGAACAGUACACACCAUGUCUUCAUGCAUCUCCACCCUGGAACCACCUACCAGUUUUUCAUAAGAGCCAGCACUGUCAAAGGCUUUGGGCCAGCCACAGCCAUCAAUGUGACCACCAAUAUCUCAGCUCCAACUUUACCUGACUAUGAAGGAGUUGAUGCCUCUCUGAAUGAAACUGCCACCACAAUCACAGUGUUACUGAGACCAGCUCAAGCCAAAGGUGCCCCUAUCAGUGCCUAUCAAAUUGUCGUGGAACAGCUACAUCCGCAUCGGACCAAACGUGAGGCGGGGGCCAUGGAGUGCUACCAGGUACCGGUCACAUACCAGAACGCCCUGAGUGCGGGUGCGCCCUAUUACUUUGCCGCAGAACUGCCCCCUGGGAAUCUUCCUGAACCUGCCCCCUUCACCGUGGGUGACAACCGGACCUAUAAAGGCUUUUGGAACCCUCCCCUGGCUCCCCGCAAAGGAUACAACAUCUAUUUCCAAGCGAUGAGCAGUGUGGAGAAGGAAACUAAAACCCAGUGUGUACGAAUUGCUACAAAAGCAGCAGCAACGGAAGAGCCAGAGGUGAUCCCAGACCCUGCGAAGCAGACAGACAGAGUGGUGAAAAUCGCGGGCAUCAGUGCUGGGAUCUUGGUGUUCAUCCUCCUCCUCCUUGUUGUCAUAGUAAUUGUGAAAAAGAGGAGGAGCUACUAUUCUUACUCCUACUACCUCAAGCUUGCUAAAAAGCGCAAAGACGCUUUGGGGAACACACGUCAGGAGAUGACGCACAUGGUGAACGCCAUGGAUCGAAGCUAUGCUGAUCAGAGCACCCUGCAUGCGGAGGACCCCCUCUCCCUCACCUUCAUGGACCAACAUAACUUCAGCCCAAGAUUGCCCAAUGACCCCCUUGUGCCGACGGCUGUGUUAGUCCCUAUAACCGAUGAGAACCACAGUGCCACAGCAGAGUCUAGUCGCCUUCUGGAUGUUCCUCGCUACCUCUGCGAAGGGACAGAGUCCCCUUACCAGACAGGACAGCUGCACCCAGCCAUCAGGGUGGCCGACCUGCUGCAGCACAUUAACCUCAUGAAGACAUCAGACAGCUAUGGUUUCAAAGAGGAAUAUGAGAGCUUCUUUGAAGGUCAGUCAGCAUCUUGGGAUGUAGCUAAAAAAGACCAAAAUAGAGCAAAAAACCGAUAUGGAAACAUUAUCGCAUAUGACCACUCCAGAGUCAUUUUGCAACCCGUGGAGGACGAUCCUUCUUCAGACUACAUUAAUGCCAACUACAUCGAUAUUUGGCUGUACAGGGAUGGUUACCAGAGACCAAGCCACUACAUCGCAACUCAAGGCCCAGUUCAUGAAACCGUGUAUGAUUUCUGGAGGAUGGUGUGGCAAGAACAGUCUGCCUGCAUUGUGAUGGUGACUAACUUAGUGGAGGUUGGCCGGGUUAAAUGCUAUAAAUAUUGGCCUGAUGAUACUGAGGUUUAUGGUGACUUCAAAGUGACCUGCAUAGAAAUGGAGCCACUUGCUGAAUAUGUAGUCAGAACAUUCACCUUGGAAAGGAGGGGCUAUAACGAAAUCCGUGAGGUCAAACAGUUCCACUUCACUGGCUGGCCAGACCAUGGAGUCCCGUACCACGCCACAGGACUCCUCUCUUUUAUCAGGAGAGUCAAGCUGUCCAACCCGCCCAGUGCUGGGCCCAUUGUCGUCCACUGCAGUGCUGGUGCCGGCCGCACGGGCUGCUACAUCGUGAUUGACAUCAUGCUGGACAUGGCUGAGAGAGAGGGCGUGGUGGACAUCUACAACUGUGUCAAAGCCUUGCGAUCCCGCCGCAUCAACAUGGUCCAGACUGAGGAGCAGUACAUUUUUAUUCAUGAUGCCAUUUUAGAAGCCUGCUUGUGUGGAGAAACUGCCAUCCCUGUGUGUGAAUUUAAAGCUGCAUAUUUUGAUAUGAUUAGAAUAGACUCUCAGACUAACUCCUCUCAUCUCAAAGAUGAAUUUCAGACUCUGAAUUCGGUCACCCCUCGUCUACAAGCUGAAGACUGCAGCAUAGCAUGCCUGCCAAGGAACCAUGACAAGAAUCGUUUCAUGGACAUGCUCCCACCUGACAGAUGUCUGCCUUUUUUAAUUACAAUUGAUGGGGAAAGCAGUAACUACAUCAAUGCUGCUCUUAUGGAUAGCUACAGGCAACCAGCGGCUUUCAUCGUUACACAGUACCCACUUCCAAACACUGUGAAAGACUUCUGGAGAUUAGUGUAUGACUACGGCUGCACCUCCAUUGUGAUGCUAAAUGAAGUAGACUUGUCCCAGGGCUGCCCUCAGUACUGGCCAGAAGAAGGGAUGCUGCGCUAUGGCCCUAUCCAAGUGGAAUGCAUGUCUUGUUCAAUGGACUGUGACGUGAUCAAUCGGAUUUUUAGGAUAUGCAACCUAACAAGACCACAGGAAGGCUAUCUGAUGGUGCAGCAGUUCCAGUACCUAGGGUGGGCUUCUCAUCGAGAAGUGCCUGGCUCCAAGCGCUCAUUUUUGAAACUGAUACUGCAGGUGGAAAAGUGGCAGGAGGAAUGUGAGGAAGGGGAAGGCCGGACGAUCAUCCACUGCUUGAAUGGCGGCGGGCGCAGCGGCAUGUUCUGUGCCAUAGGCAUUGUGGUUGAGAUGGUGAAGCGUCAAAACGUAGUGGACGUUUUUCAUGCAGUAAAGACCCUGAGGAACAGCAAGCCAAACAUGGUGGAAGCCCCGGAGCAGUACCGUUUCUGCUAUGACGUGGCUUUGGAGUACCUGGAGUCCUCGUAGUUAGGUGAGGCUGUUUGCAGAGCAUCCAAGCGGAAAUCCAUUCGUCUGUUGAGCCAGCAGCUGUUGAACCUGUUCCACCUGCACAGAGAGCUUUUAAUGUGGGGGGGUGGGAGGCUUUUACAUUGGAGAGGCAAACGUAUUUUUCUUAUGAAGUUGUGUAUCUUAAUAAAAAGGACUUGACCGGUUUCUAUUACUGUA